AUGCAUCAAAGGAUAGGCCUGAAAUUGCUUGACCAAAUCGAACUGGGUCGGCGAUUGGGCCGAUUUGAUGUGGACUUCAGCGGUGGUCUUGAUAGUGAGGAAUUUGUGAAGCUGUACAAGAACCUGCUUCAGGAUGCAGUGGGUGAGGUGACAGCUGUGCCAAGCGAGCCACAGGUGACUCGAAGUCGCAGCCGCAGCCGGCCAAAAGCAAUGCCAGAGGCACUGCAGCAGCUGCCCUCAGACCCGAGGUAUAUCCGCGCCAUUUUGACCAGCGAGCACUUGCUUAGGCAACAGGCCUUUAGCACCUUCAUGCACUUGGAUUUAGAUCAGAAUGGGCAGCUGGACCGUGAUGAGCUUUUUGGGCUUUGCCUAGCACUUCACAAGAAACUGGGGGUGAAGCUGCCCGAUGAUGUGGCGGUGGGGCUGCAGCUGGCGAAAUACGAUGAAGAUCUCAGUGGCGGUCUUGACCGAAACGAGUUCAUGAAGCUCUACAAGCAGUUGCUCCAGGACAGUCUGGAGCACUUGCUCCUCUUGCCCACGACUACUGCAGUUAUGCAUCCGAAGGUGAACGAUGAGGUUUGGGCGCCCUACCUCGGAGAGGAUAGCAGUCGUCGCUAUCGUGCCUUGGUGACCAGUGUGACGCAGGAACCCACCGGAGGCGGAUGCUAUGUGUGCUUGCGUUGGCUCCGGCCGCCCAUGGGUCAACGCCCACAGGAGUAUGUGUCUGGUGCUGGUCUGGAUGACACGGAAUGCACCCGUGUGCCAUUGGAGCUCGUGAUGCCAUUGUCACAAGUCAACGGCAUGGAGACCUCUCAGGUAUCAAUCUGA